CAAGACUCACUGGGUACCUCACGGAUACCCUGGACUGGACCCUUCCACUACCUAUAGACAGCCGCAUACAAUACACACGUACAGCACACGCAUAACCACUAUUUGGCCACGACGACCACGGCCCCAGCUUUGCUGCGCGACCCCUCGUCAUCCAAAACGUUGAUUAUUUUCCUUUGGGCAACUCUGGGUCUGGGUUAGACGGACUGGUUUAGACGACUUUUCGCGUUUUUCUCGGCUCCCGUUCUACGCGCGCCAUAAUCAUCUUUGUUUCCAGGCUCUCACACUCAUCACGCGCGCGCUCUCCCUCUUCCUCUCUCUCUAACUCGCUCACCCACUCACCCGCUUUCUCUCACUCCAUCCACGCCGCCUUAAUCCCAUCACUCUCUGCCGGAACACCCUCUUUCCCUGUUCCGCCUGCGCUUGCGACUCCGCCAGAUCAGCGCUUCCCCAUCUGGUCUCGACCCGACUUGCCGCGCCGCGCCACGCAUCCGUCGCCUCAUCGUUCGUCACCUACCAGCCUCAACUUCAACCCCACGCGCGCUUUCUCACGUCAAUUCCACCUCGGCUCCGACCAAACAACUCUUCAGCAUUUAGAGAGAUCGCGCGUUUCGACACCCUGGCGAUAGAUCUACCCAGCUUCCAGCAGUUCGUCUCAUUCGGUUUUUAUCGCCUGGAACAAACCACCUGACCGAUUUUCAUCAGUUCAUCAGCCUAAAACUCACUCUCGCCCGUUUGAACGCAUUGCUUCUUGCAACAUUUCGAGAGCUACCCCAGCAGCUCGCGCCUGGCAAUUUCAACCCUUGACCAAGUCGCGGUUUAAAGCUGACCCAUAGUCGAUCCUCCACUUGAACCCAGUAGUAGGACAAUGAGUUCUGGUACAGGAAGUGCCGGCACUGCCAAACCUGGCCCGCCUUCCAAACAAGGCCAGGGCGCUUUCUCCGGCGUCAGCAACCACGCCAUCCUCCUCGACAAGCUCAACCGGCGAUCGACGCCCGAUUCUGAGGCUCUUGCGAGCUCAGACGACGAGGCCGAUUCUCAUCGCCAGGAGGCCUCACAACAGGCCAACCAGCCGCAGAAACCUGUCAGACGCGCCUCUUGGCUCAAUGAUACUACCCAGCCACUACCUCGACCCCGCAAAGGCUCGUUUGCGAGCAGCUCCAUGUCUCCCACUGCGUCUCACCCAAGCACCCCCUCCGCCGAAGGAGCCGCCCCUUGGGGCACUCACACCCAAUCGUCUGGCGUCAUGGGCCGUGCUCCCGUGUCCGGAGGUUCCUUCACCUGGGGAACAGGUAUCUGGAACAACGAGAGGAAGGACCCCCCCUCUCGCCUCAGUGAAGUUCUGCCUUCGCCCACGUCCACGAUGCCGCCCGGCUCGGCUGGUGGCUCGUUUUUUGGUGCUGACGGCAACUAUGGCCAGACGUCUCCUGCGCCCAGAGACUCUGGCCCCAAUGCCCAAAUCCCCUUUGCUAUUCCUCUCCACCCGACCCCCAAGACCUACCGUUCUCAGUCAUACUCCGUCGGCCAGUUAGAGCCUGACGCGCCCCCGGCUACGAUGAGCAGCUCUACACUCCUGGGUCGCGGCCGUGCUCAUGGACACUCUGGUCUGCAGCACCGUCCUUCUCGGCCCAGCAUGCUUAGUGAGAUGUCGAACGAUACAGGACUGCUCGGCAAAGUCAAGGAGGUGGACGAUGAUGACGAUGAGAGUGCGACAGAGUCCAUGCAGGGGUCCAUGCAUCAGUCCGCCGAGGCAAAGACGAUUGAGUUGCUUGCUCGAGAAAACGCCAUGCUUCGUCAACAGCAGCAGCAGCAGCAGCAACAACAACAGCAGCAGCAGCAGCAGUAUCAGAACAGACUUCGCCCGAGAGCCUCGACUGGUGUGGCCUACGGACUGGGCAAUGGUUACGCCCUGCGCGAAGCUGUCCCCGAGGAGUCCGACUUUGCUAUUGACGAGCUCGAUGAGGUCAACGACGGAAACGAGAUGGCGAAGAGAGCCUUGGGCCGGAGAAUGAGUGAGUAUGGAGCGUCUGGAUUCCGCUCGCCGUACGAGAACCGGAAGCUGGAGAAUGUCAAGAAGGCGUUUUGGCACAGUUCUCUUGGCUUUGGCGGCCCUGAGGGACAGCAGAGUCGAAGACACUCGUUUGCCGACAUUCCGACUCGUCAGGGCUCUAUCAGUUCCAUUAAUGAGUCUUUCAACGCGCUCGACAACCCCGUCACGGAGCAGCAGCACCCCCAGGAUUUCUCCAUGGGUUACUCCGAGAACCAGAACACCUAUCCUCUAGGCAACACCGCUGCUUACUUCACUCCCGGUGGAGGCCUCGCAGCCCCCCCCCAGAGCAUGCAAUUCAACAACCCGUUCCCGUCGGCGUACACGAUGCACCCCCCGUACGGAAACCGUGCACCCUCGCCCCAUCGCAACGUCUACGCCAUGUCGCAGCCGCGUCACAACCAGCUGUUGCACAUCGUCUUGUUCAAGUGCGCUAGAGCCGAUGUCUUUUACGUCCAGGAAGGCACCGGCCUCACUGUCAAGCCAGGUGACCUUGUUAUUGUUGAGGCCGAUCGGGGAACUGACCUCGGAACCGUUGCGAGAGACAACGUUGACUGGCAGACUGCCAAGGAGCUCAAGGAGCACUACGCCGAAGAACAGUAUAAGUGGCUGAUGAUGUAUUCCCAAAACGCCGCUGCUGCCCAGGACGGCACAGGCGCCGGUCUCAUGGCGGCUGCGAAUGGUCUUCAGGGCAGCGCCGUUGGUGGAAUGGGCCCGCCCAAUCAACACCACAUGCAGGAGCCCAAUGCCGGCGAGCUCAAACCGAAGCUGAUCAAGCGUCUGGCCCAGAGCCACGAGAUCCACGCCUUGCGGGACAAGGAGGGCAACGAGGCCAAAGCCAAGCGCGUAUGCAUGCAGAAGGUCAAGGAGCACGGUCUGAACAUGGAAAUUCUCGACGCCGAGUUCCAGAUGGACUGGAAGAAGUUGACGUUCUACUACUUCGCCGACUCGUACAUCAACUUCAACUCGCUCGUUACGGACCUGUUCAAGAUCUACAAGACAAGAAUCUGGAUGUCGGCCAUUAACCCUGCCUCUUUCGCUAGCCCGACGUUAGGUAUUCAGGCCCCUAGCGGUGUUGGGCCUGGAGCAGUCGGUGUUGGUCGUGGAUCCAGCAACUCUGAGCGGCGUUCCACGCAGCAGCAACAACAGCAGCCGCCGCCGCAGCAGCAGCAGCAGCAGCAGCAGCAGGACCAGCAAUCCGGAGGAUUCGGAGGCACCGGUCCAGCUGGUCGUGGAUUCCAGAACUCCUUCACACCACCAUUUGGUGGAGAACGGCCAGGAGGCCUUGCCGGCGGCUACGGUCAACAUAAUUAUCCCUACUCGCACAUGGGCGGUAUGAGUAGUGCGCCCCGGCCUGGAAACAUGCCCUACGUCCCGGGUGUCGUUCCAUCGCUCGACAGUUACAGCUUCCCGGGAGCUGUCGACUACCAGAUGCGAUCCCGGUUCACGGCGGGAACUGAAGCUGGCCCGCAUGAGCCGGCCGGUGGGCCCAUGAACCCUCAGAGCGACUGGGCGGCCGCGUUUCAGGGCCUCUCCUUGAACAGUCGUUAACGAAGUGUCUUGAUCUCGACAGCUGACUCGCUAUUAUCAUUCUGGAUUCAUCAACCGGGCGAGCUUUCGGCGAGCGUCCUACUUCUUCUUGGCCCUUCGACAAACUCCAACAAAGUGUCGCCGCAGCUGACUGACUGAUCGUAAAUGGAUACGGUCAGCAUGACUGGUAUUGUAAGCAUAGCUCAUGGCUGUAGAGCCCGGCAACGUUUCUUUUUUCACUGGUUGGCGUUGGAAGGUUUCCAUUUUUACGUUUAAAUUGUUCAAAACGGCGGGACCUUUGUGCUUCUUUCGGAAGACAAAAAGAAGACAUAAAGGGGUUGGGAAUGGGAAGAGAACAUGUUGAACCCCAAAACACUUUCACUUUUUUUCUUUUCUCCUUUUUCGAAAAAAAAAUACUCAGGAACCACGGCCUUUCCCCCAAACCCCCACCACAAAUCAUGAUUAUGAGAGAUAAGAGGAGAUUGAGAGAGACUUUCACUACUACUCAGGGCACUACCGACAUAGACAGAGAGACUUCCCUAUUACUUUUUUUUUUAUUACUCAACCCCCCACGAGCAUGGUGUAACCUGAGAUCAAAAAAGGGACUUGCGGUUCUGGCCGGUUCUGGUUAAUGGCUCGGCGUUGGAUUCUUGUACGAAAGAUUUUGGUCUUCCAUCAACUUUAGGUUUCGAGAAUAUGAGGAUAGAAAAACCCGCAUGUCUGUCCACUACCUUGUUCUGCGUGGGCAA